CAAGGAUUGAAUAUUCUUGACAGAUGGUCAAGGGUAAAGUAUUAACCUGCAACCCAAGUCAUCUGGAAAAAGAAGUGAGCCCAAGAACAAUCUGAACAGCAGACAAAGAUCGAGAACAUAUGCUUUGCACCAGAAGCAAAGAAACCCCAAAAAGCUAAAGAAACAAAGAACUAAAGAGGAAACAGAGCUCAAAGCAUGGAAAAGCUUCACUUCCACAGAUUGCAAACUUGGCCUACAAAACCCCCCAUCUCCCCUCCACGCUAUUCUCAAAAUCCAACUGAAGGUUUCGGCCUCAUCCUUCUUCUUCUUCAUCAUCAUCAUCAUCAUCAUCCUAUCUUCUUCAUCAUCAAUGGCAAGAACGAUCCAGAGACCGAUCGGAAUGCUGGGACUCACCUGUCUCGUGCUGCUGUCGCUUCAGCAAACUAGUGCAUUCCAGUUCACCAUUGGUGGUGCCAAAGGUUGGACGGUUCCUGAUAAUUCCUCCGGCUUGAGUUACAAUUCUUGGGCCGAAAGCAACCGGUUCUCCACCGGAGACUCCAUUUUGUUUGUGUACAACGCUGAACACGACUCGGUGCUGGAGGUGAGCAAGGGUGACUACGACAGCUGCACCACAACUUCCCCAGUCGGGACCUACUCCGACGGCCACACCCUCUACACUUUCAAGCACUCUGGCGCUCACUACUUCAUCAGCGGCAACAAAGACAACUGCCUGAAGAACGAGAAGGUUGUCGUGGUCGUGUUGGCCGACAGGAGCAAGAACGGAACAGCACCUGCUGCUUCCCCGCCAUCUCCGACUCCACCAUCACCUGCCCCAGCCAUCGAUCAGUCACCUCCAGCGGGGAUAGUUCAGGUCACCCCUACUCAACCUCCUGAGGGCGAGAUGCCCAACAAUGGAGGGCUGUCUUCCAUGGCUGCAGCAGCAGGGAUCAUCGGUUCAGUCGGAGCUUUCCUAGCAUCGUCCCUCGUGCUGGCAUUCUGAUUAUUGGUUCCAGAGACAGGGUUCUUCACCUUCAUGGUUCAUUCAAAAGUUGGGUUUCGUCGAUUUUACUUCUUUUGUUUUACUACUGUUAUUCUCCUUGGGUUGGACAUCCUGUGGCAUUUCACCAAGUUUGUUCACCACCCAGAGGCUCAGUGCUUUGAUUCUCGCUGGGUGUUUCGGAGAUAUUCCCAUUGUUUGUAUUCGAAUAUUUGUUCGUCGUGGAGAUGGUAAUAGAGAUUAUGAACUAAGCUGGUUGGUGUGCAUUUCAAGAGCAUGUUUGUAUAGAAAACGAAAUAACUGAAAGAGACGAGGAGCGUUUUACUCGUACCUUCUGC